ACUUGGAGCCAAGGCCCGCGAAAAUACAGGUUUACUGUAUUAUUCUCUCUCACACAUUCAGAUAGCAAAAGAAUUAGGGCUUCCUUCAGACAACAAUCAAAUCGCUUCUGUUAGGUUUUUUUCUGGAUUCACCAAAUCGAUGGAUAGUUUAACUAUUAACCUGGCCAUUGUUUUGAGCAACUGUCCGUAUCUUGAUAUUGGGAAAUAUACUGUUUCAUCAUAUUUUUCCCCUGUUGGGCAUCACCUCUUGAUUAUCAUUCAAAGUUCUUUCGAGCCUAUUCUUUAACUUACUUUGUUUUUCCAUAACAUUGUUGUCCCUUAAUUGAAAAUCUUUCUAAUGGAAAUCUUCGGAGCCAUUUCUCAUGGCAAAAAUUCAUCAAUAUUCAUACAUUGCAACUCCGUUUGGCCUCUCAUUUUGAUUCCACCUCUCCACACUUUUUUUCUUUCACCUGUGAAUGCUUCUUGCUUCUGUGCUUCCUCCACAGUUCCUUUGCAAGCUUGCUUUCUUAGAUUCAUAAUAUGCCGAGGCCAAGGACAAGUCCUACUGCAGAGGACAAGGCACAUGGACCUGAGAGUUCUAGUGAGCCCAAAAGGCCUGUUGAUGCUGACGAACGUGUAGACCUCGAUAACGACCCUGAGGAGAUGGAGGAAGAGGUGGAAUAUGAAGAGGUAGAGGAAGAGGUGGAAGAAGAGGAGGAAGAAGAAGAGGAGGAGGAGGAGGUGGAGGAGGAGGACGAGGAGGAGGUGGAGGAAGAUUAUGAAAGUGAGAGGGAUGAUACUGGAGUCGAUCCUCAAAAGGGUUCAGAUGGCAGGGCGUUGAAAGCUUCUGAAGAAGAAAAGAAGAAGCACGCUGAUCUUCUUGCACUCCCCCCUCAUGGAUCAGAGGUAUACCUUGGGGGAAUUCCUCAUGAUGCUUCUGAGGAGGAUUUGAAGGGCUUUUGUGAGACUGUAGGAGAGGUCACAGAGGUAAGAAUAAUGAAGGGAAAAAAUUCAGGAGAGGGAAAGGGUUACGCUUUUGUGACCUUUAGGACAAUGGAGAUGGCUUCCAAGGCUAUAGAAGAUCUGAACAACUCUGAAUUAAAGGGAAGAAAGAUAAAGUGUUCAACUUCUCAAGCCAAACAUCGGUUAUUCAUUGGUAAUGUUCCUAGAAACUGGGGAGAAGAAGAUAUGAAGAAGGCUGUGACAGAGAUAGGACCUGGAGUCAUAUCUGUGGAACUUUUGAAGGAGCCUCAAAACCCCAGCCGAAAUCGUGGAUUUGCUUUCAUUGAAUACUAUAAUCAUGCAUGUGCAGACUACUCAAGACAAAAGAUGUCGACCUCGCAAUUUAAGCUUGAUGAUAAUGCUCCAACUGUGAGCUGGGCUGACCCCAAAAAUGUGGAAUCUUCUUCUGCUUCUCAGGUGAAGGCGGUGUAUGUCAAGAAUUUACCAAAAGAUAUCACGCAGGAUCAUUUGAAGGAGCUGUUUGAGCAUCAUGGAAAAAUCACAAAAGUGGUUAUCCCACCAGCUAAGACUGGACAAGAGAAGAGCAGAUAUGCUUUUGUGCACUUUGCAGAAAGGUCAAGUGCCAUGAAAGCGUUGAAGAACACUGAGAAAUAUGAAAUUGAUGGUCAAGUGUUAGAAUGUUCUCUUGCAAAGCCACAGGCGGAUCAGAAAUCUUCCGGAGGAGCAAAUUUACAAAAAUCAGCCUCCAACCCAAGCUAUCCACCUCGUCUAGGUUAUGGUUUGCCUGGUGGUGCCUAUGGUCCUCUGGGUACUGGAUAUGGCCCUGCUGGUUUUGCACCGCCGCUGAUUUAUGGUAGGGGAGCGACCCCUGCUGGCUUGGCAAUGAUGCCAAUGCUUCUGCCUGAUGGAAGGAUUGCAUAUGUCAUGCAACAACCUGGGUUGCAACACUUUACACCUCCACCACAGCAUCGGGGUGGUGGUCGUGGUAGUUCAAGUGGUGGAAAUCGAAGCAGUGGUAGUAGCAAUACUGGUAGCAGCAGCCGUGGGCGUGGGCGUUAUAAUCCGUACUAGUACAAUUGCUCGGUUGUCGAAUGCAAAUGGGAUUUGCAGAUGUUGGGUGUCAGUCAAUUAGAUACUGAAUUUUGGGCUCACUAUGUAUACCUUUUUUUUUUCUUUUUUUUUUAAUAUAUCUGGUAUGUUGUAUUCAACUGGUGAAGAACUAACUGAUGAAACUCAGUGACUUUUUUGGGUCUGAAAAUUUUAUGCAUCUUUUUGAAGAAUUUAUUUAUUAGUAGGCAAUGGUAAGGUGCAGUUGAUAUAUUGUUUUU